AUGGCGCUGUCAGACCGCCGCUCAGCUGCACAUCCAGCCGCGGCGUGCAGGUAACGUUACGGUACCGCCUCUGCUGUAGGUCCAGCCAACUUGGACAACAUGCUGCUUUCAAACAGACUCGUCACACCGCUGCAACUUUCUCUCCGUGUGUCUGUAUUGAAAUGAUUUUCUGGAGCGUUUCCUCGACACAAACACAGACGCCACAAGGUCGACGCUGAAUCCUGAAACCUGAGAUGUGGACGGGACUCACCUGAGCCGACUGAAGGUUCUGAAGAAACCAUAACUUCCAAACAAGCCUCUUUUUCUGUGGAGUAUUAACCCUGGAUUUCAUUAAAAUGGGUGUGCUUUGGACGAACUGCGUUUUCUUCCUGACGUGUUGCUCUGGAUUAGGGUUUGGGAGCCCAAACAGAUGUGAUGAAGUGCGGAAAGUUUUCCAACUCAGACAAAUUGGACCAAAUCAAUUAUUGCCUUUAAGCCCCAGACCAGGUUCAGACCUUCAGGUGUGCAUGUCCAAGAACUUGACCUGCUGCACCAAAAAGAUGGAGGAGAAGUACCAGGUGGCGGCCCGAAGAGACAUUCAGAAUCUCCUCCAGACGUCUAGCUCCAGCCUCAAGUUCCUCAUCUCACGCAACGUGGCUGCUUUUCAAGACACCUUCGAGGCUCUGAUGAGGCAGGCGGAGAAUCACACGAAUGUCGUCUUCCAGCAGUCGUACAGCAGCAUGGCAGAUCAGGCUCUGGGCCCUGUGCGGGAACUCUUUACAGAUAUUAGUCUCUUCCUGUUGGGGUCUGAGCUCAACGUUGAUGACUUAGUGCAGCGAUUCUUCGAUGCACUCUUCCCGCUGGUCUACAAUCACCUCAUCAACCCAGGGCUCAGGGACAUAUCGCCAGGCUACGCUGAGUGUGUAAGGUCAUCCAGCCGGGAUGUGAGACCGUUUGCUGGGUCGCCCGGCCUCCUGGCUGAUCAGAUUGCCCGCUCUGGGGUGUCCGGGAAACUUCUCCUUCAGGCACUGCACCUCGGCAUCGAGGUCAUCAAUACUACAGACCACUUACAGCUAAGCCGCGAGUGCAGGCGGGCCCUGCUCAAGAUGCACUACUGUCCUCACUGCCAGGGCCUAACCCAGUCUAAGCCAUGCAUGGGUUACUGCCUCAAUGUGAUGCGAGGCUGUUUGGCAAGCAUGGCGGAGAUCGACACCCACUGGAGGGAGUUUGUCCGCUCGCUGGAGGGUCUGUCAGCACGGAUGCACGGGCCUCAGGAUUUGGAGCAAGUGCUUCUGGGAGUUCACACGCUGCUUCACGAUGCUGUCGAACAUGCCCAGAAAAAUGGGCCCCGCCUCUCGGCACAGGUGCACAAACUGUGUGGCCCACCGACCAGGAAACCUGCGCAGUCAGUCAGCAUCCAGCACAGCAGCAGAGAAUCCAUCCCUCUUAAAGCUCUUGUCAGAGUGUCAGGCGACUCGCUUGUUUUGAGGAGGAGGGACUUUCUGAACAGCCUACGUCUCUACCGUACGUUCUACGGCGGCCUGGCGGAUCAGCUGUGUGUGAGCGAGCUGGCCUCUGGUGACGCGCUGUCUUGCUGGAAUGGAACUGACAUCGUAAAAAGCUACACCCUCCGUGUGGUCGGCAACGGGAUCAAGGCUCAGAGUGCCAACCCUGAAGUGAAAGUGAAGGGAGCAGACCCUGUCAUAAAUCAGAUUAUUGACAAACUGAAACACAUCAACCAGCUGUUGCAAGGGAAGUCUAUUCCUAAAUUGGGGUCACUGGACCAGAUUGAAACAGGAAGUGGAGACACAGAGGGGCGUUACAGCGGCGACUGUGAUGAUGAAGACGGCUGUGGGGGUUCAGGUGGUGACGAGGUUAAGAGGAAAGUCUCCAGAGUCUCUAAAUUGAGUCCAGAUGUGACCGGUGAUCACAAACAUCGUCAUCAUGAUCAUCGUUAUCCACCUGCCGAGGAUUCAGAGACGGAGGGCCGAUCCAGAAGCCUUGGACUGACGGGGGCCAUCUGGGUCUUGAUAUUGCCUUGUUUACAUGUGCUCCUGGCCUUGUAACAGCUGCAUUUUUGCAGCAUGAAACUUUCAAGACUUGAUCACAAGCUUAUUUAUCCAGAAACGAAAGGGUCGGUGAACGUAACAAGCUCCAAUAUGCAAUGGAGCACCACUUCCACACAGUGCAGGACACGGUAGGAGUGACCACUAAUGAUCGUGUGGAAAUUACAAGACACUGUGGCUUAUGUAAGAUGGCGAGGUUUAGCUUUGCGAAUAUUAAUUAUUUUUUACCUGGAAUUCAUUAACACUAAUAAUUACUUAUUUAUAACAGCCGAUGUCAAGCUUAAGUACAACAUAUGUUAUAUACAUUUUGGUAUUAAUUUAAUUGUAUUUGUACACAUAAUAUAUAUGAUC